CGGUUAGCGAAAAUCCCGACGUUGCAGCUGUUGCCGUAAACGCUGAAGGUGCGGAGCCAACGGAUUCACUUUGUGCGUGUCACGCUCCCUAUUUUCCAGUCACGCUUGCCCGUGACUCCGCUUGCCAUUUCACCUUUUGCUCGGUCGAGUUCACUCAGCCCGUCUCAAGCCAUGGUUUCGUUCCGUGCUCUGUUCGUCGCCGCCGCGACCGCGAUCGUGGGCUCUGCUGCUGCUAACGAGGCUGCCGCCACCAAGCUGCCGGUGUUCUUCUUCCACGGUGCCACGGGCAACAAGACCAACGGUGCCGAGAUCCAGGCCAGUCUCACCGCUGAAGGCCGCACGUACGUUGCGCUCGACUUCUGCCAGAACGCUUGCUCCGUCCGCACGUCCCUCUCGGACCAAGUGCAGAUGGCCAUCAAGCAGAUCCGCGGCAUCAUCGCACAGAGCCCUGCCACUUACGCCAACGGCUACCACUUCUUGGCUCACUCCCAGGGUGGUUCGGUCUCUCGUGGUGUAGUCGAGGAAAUGGAUGACCACAACGUGCACUCAUACAUCAGUUUGGCCGGUGACGGCAACGGUAACUUCUUCGGUCCUCAGGCUUCGGACGCCGUGCCGCUCCAGGUUCUGCUGCAGGCUCUGGGCCCGUUCGCUAUUGACAAGGCCGACUUCGACUUCUCUAAGUACGCCGCGGACUCUACGUCGUGGAAGGGCAAGUUCCAGAGCGAUCUCAUCCAGACGGUGACUACCAACAAGGCGCUGCAGGCCAAGAGCUCGAUCGCCAACAUCAUCACUCCUCCGCUCGCUGACGCCGCUCUGACGACCUGGAAGAGCAUCGACCCGUUCCUUCCCAAGGUGAACAACCUCGAGAACUGUGGCUCUGACGCCGCGUGCAAAGCCAACCAGGCCCGUCGCAAGGCCAACUUCUUGAAGCUCAAGGCCGCUCACUUCUUCGCCUCACCGCAGGACGACAUCCAGGCGCCGUGGCAGAGCUGCAUCCUUGGCAAGUACUCGACUGUGGGAUCCGUGGCCGAAGUUAACUCCAAGUUCAGCACCCUCAAGAUCGUCGACAUGAAGCAGACUGCCGAGUACACGCAGGACUUGUACGGUCUGAAGACUCUCGACACGUCCGGCCGCCUGCACAUCCACCCGGUGCCCAACGUGCCGCACAACUGCUGGCUGUUCGACUACACGUCGCUGGCGACCAAGGUGCCCUGCAAGCACAAGCCCGUGUACGACGCUCAGAUCCGCCCCGUGCUGGUCUAAGUUACAAUCUUUAAAUCUACCAAGUAGAUAGAUCCAUCGAGCAGCAACUAAAGUCCACUAAACGGUUAAUUCAGUCGCCUUCUGCUCAA